CACCUCAUGAGGUGCCGAAAAGUUGCAAAACAAGUGAACGCAGUUCAAGCAUAGCUAUACAAGUUUGGAUGACUAUCAGUAACAAGCACAUCUUCUAUUCUACAUUUUCAUUGCAUGGCCAUGAUUGAUGCAAGUGUAUUUAUCAGUGAUUCGAACUAUUAUCGCCAUGACGAUCGAAGCAAUCUAACUAUCCAGGAACGCAUUACUCCCGGUCUCCACCAUCCUCACGAUUCUCAUGUGUCCACCCUAACACUGGAAUCCAAUGAUGAGCUGAAUACUGAUGGCGUCACUCUGUCUAAUCCCCCAAACCUCCCCACUGACACCCCCCCCGUUAGUGCCGUGGCCUCUACUCCCCACAGUACAACUUCACCCUACGAUGGGUCCUCACCUGACAAUGAACAGCUGGCAAGCAGCUUGUUGAAUGAUUCAAUGAUGGUGGCAGGAAUGUUAACUCCUGCACUGGCUAUUGUGCCUGAGUUAAGAUCUGCCGACUGCUUGUAUAAGAAAUACAAAAACUUACAAGGUAAAGAAAGAGACCUCAUUCUUGCAGCUGCCCACAUAGAGGACGCCAGAACAGGGAGGGGACGAUACGGGAGAGCUAAGUACUACUUUAAGAAGAAAAUAGCGCGAAUGGCUUUCAAGGUGAUCACAAACAAGUGGUUUCAGAGACUCAUCUAUGCUACCGUUCUCUUGCACAGCUUUUUGGCUUUCUUUGAGCCACCAAGCGUAAAACCACAAUCAAUUGAGACGUAUGUCGCCCUGAGUCUCAACCUACUCUGUCUCUCAGUGUACCUAAUAGACAUUGUGCUCAAUGUUAUCUUCCUCUCCUGGAGAGUGUUCUUGGCAUACGAAGAGAGGUCAUGGAUUCGUGUCCAGUUUAUCUUUUUCUGUUGCUUUGCUAUUGACUGGAUCUUGCUGAUUGCACAAAUUGCCUCUGGGAACGAAGAUAUUGUACAACCAUUUCGGUGUCUACGGUUGGCCAUGAUUGUGUGCAAAGCAAAGAAUGUUGGUCACAUCACAAAUGUUGUUAAGUCCAUCACAAUCAAGCUAGGGGGUGUGCUGUUCAUCGUCCUCAUCUUCAUCCUCCUCUACAGUUGCAUUGGGGUUCACCUCGCCAUGGUGCCAUUCGCACAGAUCGAGACAGUCAACAUAAGUGCCUUUCGUCCCCCUAAAGUACAAACAACUCGCAAUGCGACAACAGCAUUCAUUGAAACCUGCUCCUCCUCCCCAGUUAAUAACACAAACAUCUACGAGGGAGCAUUCAACCACAUCGGGACAGCCGUCUACCAGAUGUUUAUUCUACUCACGACAGAGAACUAUCCAAUAAUCAUGUUUCCAGCCUUCUUCUACUCUCAGUGGUACUUCAUUUAUUUCGGUUCGUUUCUCAUUUUUGGUGUCUUCUUUAUAACCUCUAUUCUGCUGGCAAUAAUUGCUGACUUGUACUGGAAGUACAACAAAAAGCACCUCAAGAAAGAGAGGGCCAAGCAAAGAGCUGAGCUGGUGAAAGCUUGGAAAUUUUUAGAUGUCCUGAGCCAAGAGCGGUUGCCUGUUGAUGAUGAGAGACUACUGAAACUAUUUAAGCUACUCAAGCCAGAGAAUAAUGACAGUGAGAACAGACACCUGAUAGCAGAGUUAGACCCUGAACACACGGGAUGGGUUGAUUGGAUUUUCUGGGUGACACAGCUUAUCUCGGUCCUUAAUCUGGAAAAAACUGCACACCACUCUACAAACAAGCAUUCUUCUUCAUCAGCUUGCAUGGUCUUCCUGAUCAGGAUAGCUCGAAAAAUAACGGCUUGGGCAGGCUUCGACAAGAUUGUUCUCUUCUUGAUCGUCUUUCACACUAUUCUCUUUGCUGUCAAGUGGGAAGGGAUGUCCCUUGCCACAGAACUUGUCGUUCAAGGUUUGAGAACAUCAGCUGUCACUGUUUUCUUGCUGGAAAUAUGUGUUCGGUUAGUUGGCAAAGGUAGACAUUUCUUUAAAAAUGCAAUCAAUUCACUGGAUUUCACCAUGGUGAUCGCUGCGUUUGUUACUAAUGUCUUGUGGUAUGCCAUACUGAGCCCGGAACUGGCGAAAAUGGUGGAAUCGUUUCUAUGGCGAGGGAGUUUUGUGGUCAUCUCUUCUCUGACCAUCUUCAUUAGGCUCUUCUUCAACUCUAAACAGAGUCGCCUAGUAAUGAAUGUUUUCUUCCGUCUACUUCCUGUGAUGCUGGACCUCAUGAUCCUCUUUGGAAUUGUGCUGUACUUUUAUGGUGUCCUCGGAAUGGAGAGUUUUCACUCAUUCACCAUCACCAGGGAUACCCCAGAUGCUAACCAUUUACAGUAUGGGUGUGGUCUCGGGUUUGAGAACUUAAAGUGCUCCCUGUUCAUGGUCUUCCAGAUUCUCACCACCAGCAACUGGCACGAGAUCAUGAACACUGUGAUUGUCAGCUUGGAUUCGUUCGCUCCAGUCAUUUACUUCAUCCCCUGCUUCAUUGUCAUCAAUUUUAUCAUUAUGAAUUUGCUGGUUGCCAUUGGCAUUGAAGCAUUUAACAAAUUCUCUCAAGAACAGAAGGACGAGGAGAAAGAGGCAGAGUCCCAGUUUCCAAGCUCCAUCACAUACUCUGAAAACACCAACAGAACUGUCAAGGAAGAUAUCAGUCAUUAUGGACAAAAGUUGUUAAUUGGUCUGGGAUACUUUGCUAAAGCUGCCUUCAGCUCUGCCAGGAUGACUGAAGAAGAGCACAAUGGAAACUCAGUUAUACAUAUUGAUAUACAAAGCAACGAUCACGCUACCCAGAGUCGGCACCCAAGUGAUCACAUGACAUCUGAGAGCAGUGGCUACUUGUCACCAAGUCCAUCCAUUCACCGCUCUCGAUUGUCUUCAACAGAUAUCCAAACUGAGGACUCUCACAGUGUCAUUAUAGUUAAUCAGUCACAUGAACUACAAGACAUUGAAGACAAUGUGUUUCUCAGCCCCCCACCGAAUCAGCUAAAACCCCGUACAAAUGUUGCUAUGAGACGACAGGUGAAGAUGCAACAACAACUGAAAAAGAGGCAGGAGCAGUUACGAAUGAAGAGUGCAGCCAGGACAGUGGAGACUGCCGUAGCAUUGCAGUUACCAGCCACUGCCGAUGGAGGGUCUGCUGAGGCUACUGCUACAGUGGGGCAAAAAUGCGAAGUGACUAUUGACAAUGAGGGGUGUCAUCAUAGGCGAAAGCAGAGCACAGAAUCUAUUCAUGAUCUCAUUGGCAAUACUUCUCGUCGCCCCUCAAUAAAGUGGGGAUCAGCUGCCCAGGCUAUUUCGUUCAUUGGUCAUGUCGCCAGUGAAGCUGAGCAGAUCGAGAGUGCCGAUCAGUUUGAUGCUGAUAUCCAAAAGUUUGAAGAGAGAAGGCCAGACCAGCUCAAUAAUGGGCCUAAGUUCAGACGUGGUUAUAACAAUGGCAACUGGAGAAGUGAAGUGCAAAAUCUUACUAUCAUCAACAAAGAAGAGAUUCACGAGUUGAGGAGACAACUGGCAGCCAAGCCAUCCAUCCAGCAUAAAAGACAUUCAGUUGAUUCCACUGAUUCUGGAGACAUUGGUUUCUUACACAAUCGAAGGUUAUCGCUAGAGAGACAAAAACGUACUAAUUCGAUCACUAAAGAUUGGUCUCACGACUCAACUCUCACUCUCAACCAGCUGGAAUUGCAGGAUACAAUGCAAGAUCAAUCUAAGUUCCCACAUUUCUCGUCACCCAUCGAUAACUUUAUAUCUCGUCAGUCUAAGCCUAACUCAGAUCCUGUUCAAUGCUACCUCACCCGCCGACGAUUAUCCUCCAUCUCAAACAAACUGAAGCAAUCAUUUGAGCGUCGCUAUUCAAGUCCUAGGAACUCAAUUGAAAUGGACUUAGCUACCUCACAAGCUGACUUGUCUUUGGCUGAGAAUAAAAAGAAAUCCAGCUUUUCAAAUGCCUCGACAAAGAUAGACCAAAAAACGCAGUCUGCUACCUUGGUGUCGAGUGUGCUGAAUGAAAAUGACAUCAAAGUUGACCGUCUAGUUCAAAUUCGCAGUUCUGAAAAGGACUACCCUGGAGAAUAUAGUGAAAUUGAGAGUUUGGACCAAAUCAGUGAUGUCAGUGGUUCACUUCACAAAGAUGGUGAACUACGAAACUCUAGAGGGUUCUUUAAAACAUCUCUGAUUUCAGUGGAGGAAGUAGCUGAGCCUACCGAAUUCCCAGUCUCUGACGUCAUACUGCUAGAAAGUCACAAGGCAAAGAAGCCUGGUCCAGGUUCAAGGGCCAGCAAAGAAAUGCCUGAUUGGGUGAAUAAGUUGGCCGAAAAGUACGAUAUGACUGUUCACAGUGAUAGAUCUAGUCCUCCCAUCUAAUGAUCUAAAGUAGCUAGGCUAAUACACAAUCAUGUAUAUCAAUCAUCAAGAUAUUAUCGAAAAUAAAUGGAAAAGGGUCACACAAUUCUUAGCUCUAAGCAUCUCUGUUGGGUGUGUCACCAUGCAUCUGUGGUCAGCCUAUAGGGAGUUCCCAUAAUGAUCAAACAUGGGAAAUUUACUGACUGUCCACGGUGUCUGGAAGUUGUGCUCCCAAACAAUCAUCUAUCAGGGACACCAUACCACUCCUGACUCCUGAGUACCGUAUACGUUCUAAUUAUAGAACCAGUAAAAAAUAAUUAUUUUUCUAGAAACAAUGUACCAAAAAAAUGUAUAAUUUAUGGGCGUUAUAAAAGAGGGCGUCAUCACACCGAGGCUGGUUCUAUAAUUAGAACGCUUACGGUACUUAUGCACCCAAAGACCAGGACAGGCGCGGUG